AUGUACGAGGUUGAAGGUAAGAUAGCAGAACAACCAAACAGCAAUGCUCCACCAACUGGGAAAUGGACAACUGGUUUAUACGAUUGCUUUGACGACAAAGGAAAUUGUUGUUUUACGUGGUGCUGUCCUCGUUUCGCCUUUGGUCGUAAUGCGGAAAUUAUAGACCAAGGAAGAACAUCUGCUACAUGUGCACGUUUGAUAUUUUGUGGCCUUGGCUGUUUUGGAUUGGGAUGCUUAUAUUCAUACAAAUUCAGAAACAAGCUAAGAUCUCUCUACAACUUACCUGAAGAACCAUGCUCAGAUUGUUGCGUUCACUAUUGUUGUUUACUCUGUGCUAUUUGCCAAGAGCACAGAGAACUUAAAAACCGUGGACUUGACCCCUCAAUAGGAUGGAAGGAAAACGAGGAAAGAAUGAUGAGAAAAGCUAACAUGGAAGCUCCACGUGUUGCAUCAGCCAUGACUCGUUAGAUAUUGAUCUCCUCAAGUCUACCAUUCAUGGAUCUUACUUCAUUCUGCUUAUUUUCUUUCUCUCAAUUAUCUGUUUCUGUUUUUCCUUCAAUGAACUGUAAUUGGCUUUCUACUGUCUAAGCUGUU